GCCGCACAGCACUAAUGACUUCACAUGCAUGUAAUCAGCUUGGGCUUCCAGAGCUGCUGCCUCCAAGCAGGAAAGGCUACGCGUGCACCCCGGGUGCAAAUGCUCCCAAAGCCGCACCCCCCCCUUACCAAUCAUUAAUCAUCCCCAGGCCAGCAACCCCAGCAAGCGAGGAGGAAAAGGCCAAGUGUCCGCAGCCCUGGAAGCAGUGCUGACCGGUUCCCAGCGGUGGUAGCUUGCUCUCCCCCGGGAGGCCCCGUGGAGGUGGCUGGUCCUUCGCAAAGGUCACCCUGCCCCGUGCACGGGAGGCUCUGCCUGCAGCUGGGUGCUGCACACGGCAGGAAGUCUGAGGAGGGAGCUUCUGCCUGGCCGGCAUCGCCGCUUUCAUCUCCCCACCAUGCGGCACGAGGCAUUUUGGAGUGCCCUGGAGUACGCCUGCCGAUUGCUGGGCAUCUCCACCGCAGCAGUGCUGAUCGGCGUGGGGGUAGAAACUCUGCAACGAGGGCAGUUCAAAAGCCUGGCUUUCUAUCUGCUUUUUUCAGGGAUUGCAGUCACUGUCUGUGAAGGCUUCUUCUUUAUCAGUUUGUUCCUGGAGAUGUGUUUCACAUAUGAGCCCGACUCCCCGGCACACGCCUGCUGGAAGCACGCUAGGCGCCCGGGGAGCUUCCAGAAAUUCCUGGGGUACACACUGCUCUCGGUGGCUUGCUUCCUGCAUCCCGUCCUUGUCUGGCACGUCACCAUACCUGGCUCCAUGCUGGUGCUCACCGCCCUGGCCUACUUCCUGCUGAGCAAGAGGAGAAAGAGCCCAGAGCACAAAGAGGCGCACCCCCAGGCGGGCCAAUAUGUGGAUCCUACAGGCACCACAGCAGCCUCGACCAUCGCUGGUGACACUGAGCAGACAUACACGUUUCACGGAGCCCAGAGGGAGCAGCACCGCUCGCUGCUGGGACACAUGAAGAGCAUCCUGAAGGGCAGCAAGGACAGGAGCCUGCCACCAGCAGCCCCUGCCCAACCAGAGGCCCCGCCAGCUCCUCGCAAGCAAGUGCACUUCCAGGAGAAGGUGGUGCAGAUCAUCCCCUCUGUCAGUGAGAGCCUGGAUGAGAUGGAGAGCGAGGCUGAGGAGACCACGUCAGACACAGCACCUAUCCUCACCCCUCCUGAUGCCCCUGUCGUCCUCACUCCCCUCAGCUCCACAGGCCUGUUUUGAGGGCUCACCAGCAGCAAGGACAGGGCAGACACACUUCUCCUGGUGCUGGUGUCGCUCCUUGGGCAGCUGAAGGACCUUGUGCCAUGGGCAGCGCUGCCAUGCAGGCCAGAUCACCACAUGCACCCCCAUGGGCCAACCCUGCAGCCACUGAGGAGGACAAGGGGUGAGGGAGUGCAGCACCCACACUCCAGCGUGGAGGGGUGGUCCUCCCUGCUCCCCUGCCUUCCCUGCCAUGGCUGUGCCACCCCUCCUACAAGGGGCUGCAGGACAAAGUAGUCCUGCAUCUGGUGAUGGGCCCAUGGUGGUCCCCAGCCCCUGUGACACCAUGCCAGGGGACAGGCCAUGGGCUUGCAGGGAACGGUAAGGUUUCUCCACCCAGGGAAUCUCCCUCCGUGGACUUAUGCACAGCUCACCUCUGUGUUACAGCACUACACACCACAGCACAGCAGCAGCUCCUGCCUAACACCGCAGCCCCAGCAUCUGCCUGUCUCAAGGCAGCAAGAGGUAGCACCAUCCUCCCAGAGCAGCUUCUGCGAAGGGCAGUUGUCUUCUGCCUGUCCUCACUGUGCUUGGAGAAGCUCAGGGAAACUUGGAGGCACACCUGGGGCUAGCACCUGCUAAGUGUCCUCUCCUGAGACACGCUCUGGGCCCACCAGGGAAAUCACCUCUGGCCCUGGGGACACCUGCAUGGGGCUUCCUGGUGUCCUCUGCCCAGACAGCACUUGUGAGUUUGAAGAGCUUCGGUAUGCUGUAGCAGCUCAAGUUACAAGGUUCAGCACUGUGUAGUUGGCACAGCAGACUGUGUGCAAUUCCCUGUGCAUGUUAAUUAUGGGCCCCAGAGAGCAAAGGUAAUAAUAAAGUGACAAUGCUGCUGCACCGGUCCCCUCUAUGCCAGCUCUUCCCUGAACUCUUCACCUCUGCCUUAAUCCUCCCAUAUUUUCUGCCCUUUGAGCACCAUUUACCUAUCAUCAGGCAUU